UCAUGGCGGACGACAACGCGGAAGUUUUGGAAAACGAGGAACAUGUUUUGAAAAUAGAAGCCAAAGAGGCUGUAAAAGAGAUCAGAUAUGCUGUCCAGUUUGUAGAAUUGUCCAGCAAACUAACCCACACUCAACAAAUGGUCUACUUUAACAUGACCACCAAAGAAAACACGAAAUAUUGUGUUGAACUCUCUGCUUCAGGUUUCAGGAUUGUCGGCAAAUCAUUUGAUUCUAUCGAAGAUGAUGACUCUAAAUACUUCGAAACAAUUUAUGCUCUGUUGGACAACAUCAGCCCAGGAUAUCGACAUACCUUUGGUGAUGCUCUCUUGGCAAAGCUGAAUAUGUUACAAGCUGAAGAAAAUAGUGAUGAUAGCUAGCAGAACUUGUAACAUAUUUUCUUUGGUGUUGGAAGUUGAUACAUCCUAUGCAGCAUUGAUUACUACAUUGUAGGAAUACGGAGAAGAACCUCAGCUUCAUUGGCAUUUCACAGUGGGGAAGAUUUAUACUCAAAUUGACCUAUGGUUUUAGAUCUGUGUAACCACUUCUCUUAACUCAUGUUUCUGUACUCUGUGGUAAAGUUGACGUAAAACUUUUAUGUUAAAAGGAUCCGUACAGAACCCAGACCUACUUGUAUAAAAGGUGCAGUGACUGUUACCAUGGUUUCUAUAUAUGGCAGCUAGAAAUUGAUUACUGCUAAAUUAUGUUGAAUUUUGUACAAAACUGAAGUUUUUUUAGGUAUGCUACAAUUGUGCCUUUUGCCUAAAGAGCUUCAAACCGACAAAAUCAUAUUAUCAUAAGGAAAGUUAGCUUAUUAUGGUGUAUUGAGUUGAGAGUUGGUUUAUAUUUGAUAAUGUUAGAAUAUGAAACCCACCUAAAUGAUAGUAUUAUUAAUCACAGAUUUGUGUUGUGAUCUUUCUGUUAUAUCAUCAUAACUCAAAAAGUAGUUACUCUCUCAGUGAUUAGCCAAUGUCACUCAAUUUAUGAAUAUUAUUAAACUUGUACGUGUAGUAAGUUUUUCUAUGAAAAUGUACCUUGAAAUUAUGUGCACUGCCAUAUCAGUUACAUGUAUAUCAUGUGCCAUCAAACAUUUAUUUUAACAUACAUAGGUGUAUUUAGAAUCCAAAAAGGAUUAUUAGCUUGGAAAAGAUACAGAAUGUGGAUACACCCAAAUUAUAUAUCAAGCCUGGUUUUCCUAAAAUAAUAUUUUCAGUAGUCUUCGUGAAAAUCAAAGCUAUUUUUUCUGUUUUAUUUGUAUCUGAAAGAACCAUGCAUAUAUCAUGUAUAUCUGUUCAUAACCAAAAAAGAAGUAUUAUUUAUAGUGAAACCAUAGAUCCAAAUUCAGAAUCAAAUAGUUGAUUUGAAAUAUUUGAAUUUCAUUUGUAUUAGAAAUCAUGUGGCAUUUUUGUGUAUAUAAAUGUACAUGAAGGGAAACCAGUCUUUUGUUUUUGCUUGUGGGUUCCAACUAAUGCUAGUUUUUCUGUUUGAGUUACUGUAUUUCUAUUUGGUUGUUUUACUUUUCAGCUGGUUUGGGUUAAUAGGUCAAUUAUGUUGUUUUAUUGGUAUGUAGUGCUUCACUGCCCAUUAUACCUACUGCUUUUAUGUAUAUUAUGAAAUAGGUUAGAAUUACAGUCUAUUGCUUCUAUCAAAGAUAUAUAAGCGAGCUGCUCGCCGUAUAAAUUUUUGCUUACAUGUCACUAUUUCCAUGUUCUUAUGUCAUACUGUCUGAUGCAGGGCUUCCACUUGACAAUUGAAUUUAAGGGUCCCACAAAAUUGUUGAUGGAUCCCUCAGUGUAGAUGUGAAAUCAGUUAGCAAUCACCUGCCUUGGUUGCUUCAUGAAUAGAAAUGCUCAUUUAAGUAUCAUUACUGUUUGCUGUUAUACAUACAAGAAGUUGAGAUAUCAAAAAUUGUAAUUUUAUGUUACUUGGAAAUAGUGCAUAUAACAAUAAUAAACGAAA